UCUAAAAGAUUGUAAACAGCUCACGAUCAGCAUCAUGAAAGUAUUCAUUGUGUUUGCCGCCCUUGCAGCUCUAUCUGUGGCAUCUGCCGCGGACCUAACUGAUUCCCAAAAGGCUGAGGCUAAGCAGAGAGCCAAGGCCUGCGCCAAACAGGAGGGAAUCACGAAGGAGCAAGCCCUUGCCCUGCGGUCUGGAAACUUUGCGGACUCCGAUCCAAAGGUAAAGUGCUUCGCCAACUGCUUCCUGGAGCAGAGCGGCCUGGUGGCCAAUGGACAGAUAAAACCUGACGUGGUUUUGGCCAAACUGGGUCCCAUCGCCGGCGAAGCCAAUGUCAAGGAGGUGCAGGCCAAGUGUAACUCGACCAAGGGAGCCGACAAGUGCGACACUAGCUACCUGCUGUACAAGUGCUACUACGAAAACCGCGCCCAAAUCUAAGAAAAACUAUUUUGAUCUACAAAAGAAUAUUUGUUUCUUGAAUUUUCACUUAUUCUCAAUAAAAAUGUGACCAAGUUUCCCAAAUAGGUGUGCAAUCAA